AUGUUCUCACUCCCCGCUUCCCUCUUAGCAUUGGCAGCUGUGAGCCAUGCCUCACCUAUUCUUGUUCGGGAUACCAACGACACAAACCCAUUUGUCUUCACCAAUUAUAAUGGUCUCAAUUUUACUCAAAUGAACACCACGUUGUCCAAUGUGACCAUCUUCGCAACGGGUGGGACAAUUGCUGGCUCAAGCGGAAGCGCUCUUGCAACAACGGGAUACACAGCUGGCGCUGUUGGCAUCUUGACUCUAAUCGACGCUGUUCCCGAGAUUCUCAACGUUUCAAAUGUUGCCGGAGUUCAAGUAUCCAAUGUCGGUUCCGAGGAUGUCACUUCAACUUUGCUCCUAAGCAUGUCCAAGCAAAUCAACACUUUCGUCUGCGAGGACCUAACCAUGGCCGGUGCGGUGGUCACUCAUGGGACUGAUGUCCUUGAAGAAACCGCCUUUUUCCUUGACGCAACCGUGAACUGCGGAAAACCAGUAGUUGUUGUCGGUGCUAUGCGGCCCUCCACCGCAAUCUCUGCAGACGGACCGUACAAUCUCCUCGAAGCCGUUACCGUUGCAGCUUCCCCUCUAUCCCGUGAUCGAGGAAGCAUGGUUGUUAUGAAUGAUCGUAUUGUUUCCAGUUACUACGUCACCAAGACCAAUGCGAAUACCAUGGAUACUUUCAAGGCUCCCGAGAUGGGAAAUUUGGGAGAAAUGAUCUCCGAUACUCCAUACUUUUUCUACCCACCUGUUAAGCCGACUGGAAAGAGGGCUUAUUCAAUCAUGAAUAUCACGUCUAUCCCAAGAGUAGAUAUCUUGUUUGCGUAUGAGGAUAUGUCAAAUGAUACCUUGUAUAACGCUGUUGCUAGUGGUGCAAAAGGCAUUGUCAUUGCGGGCGCAGGAGCAGGCGGUGUGAGCACUUCCUUCAACUAUGCAAUGGAAGACGUGAUCAACAACCACGGCAUCCCAAUUGUUCAAAGUACCAGGGCAAUGAGUGGAGAGGUCCCAAUCAGUGAUGUUUCCAGUGAUACUGCCUUGCACAUCGCAAGUGGGUACUUGAACCCCAUGAAGUCGAGGAUCUUAUUGGGGUUGCUUUUGGCGCACAAUAAGAACAUGACAGAAAUUGCGGAUGCAUUCUUGGGGUCGACUGAUGAUUAA